AAGCAGAGCAAACUCCACCUGGAAUUUUGUGAUGGUCACGUGACGAUGUUGUGGGUAUAUUACGCCAAAUGUCGGAGUUCGUUUCUCCACUGAAGAGCUGCUGACUGUCUCUGUCCCUGUAUCUGCGGCGUUCAGACAGGCCGUGCACGGUGCAGCGUUUUUACUUUGCCUGACCCGUUCAGUUCACUGCAGUGGUAAAUGACACUGUGACAGCUGACGGACUGAAGGGACAGAAACCUGGAGUUUCAGCAUCAAGACGCAACUUUUUGUGGGAAAUUAUGAGAAACGUGGAGCAGUGAUUUAAAAAAAAAAAAAAAAAAAAAAAAAAAAUUCCAUUUGACAGCUGACAAGUCAGGAGGAAAUGGAGAACAAGGCCAUGUAUCUGAGCACGUAUGAAGAGAGGGACAACGGCUCCAUGUACGAAGAGGGCUACGACGGACGCAACCUGUCCAAACUCAACCUGUGCGAUGAAGGUUCUGGAAAGCGUCGCAGGAAGCAGGAUCAGUGCUGCGGUCACCUGAACUCACUCUCAGCCAUCAAGUAUGCCAUUGUUUCCCUCUACAUCCUGGUUCUUCUCACCAUCUUUGGACUCUGCCUGGCAGUCUCUCGUUCCCAGGUGUCUUCACAGCGACAGGAGGUGCUGAUGGAGAACGUGACCCGGAUGUCGGAGCGCUCUCGGCUGCUGCAGCAGACCCUGGGCGAGGCGUCCACUCAGGCCGACCUGCUGGAGAACAUCUGGAAACUGGAGAACCUCUUCCAGAACCACAGUGACUGGCUGCAGAGGCUGGAGAUCCUCAUCAAGGGCGUGGAGGUGGAGCUGAGGAGCAUCCAGACUUACUCUCUUCAGUCAGAAGGCUACCUGGUGCAGCUGGACGACAGGCUGUCCUCUCUGAGCAGCUCCGCCAGCCGGAACCUGACGGGCCUGAGCUCGGAGGUGGCCCGAGCCUCCACCUGGCUCCGUGACCAGGACCUCCUGCUCCGGGAAACCUCAGGGAAGGUGAGCGGGCUGAGGGAGAAACUGGACGAGGUUAACUGGACGGUGGGAGCUGUCAAUCACACCUUCAGCAAUGACAUCACUGUUCACAAGUUGAAGAUACAGGAUUUGCAGAUCCAGAUCAGCAACAUCACCGAGGACACCAGCAGUUUAUGGGUGACCCACGUCCACACGGAGGCCCAGCUGAGGAACGAGAUGGAGAUCCUCAACACGAUCACAGAGGACCUCCGCCUGAAGGACUGGGAGCACUCCAUGACCCUGAAGAACCUCACCAUAAUAGAAGGGCCUCCGGGACCGAGGGGAGAGAAGGGUGACACCGGACCACUUGGGUCCCCUGGGGCUCCCGGGUUGACUGGCUUGAGAGGGUUUACAGGAGAAAAAGGAAUGCAGGGCCCUCGUGGUAUCAAAGGGUCGGUUGGUGUCGAAGGUAUUCAGGGAGAAAAAGGAGACAUUGGACCUGUCGGGCCUAAAGGUGACAGAGGAGAACGAGGGCUGAAGGGGGAGAAAGGGGAUCGAGGAGACCGAGGAGAGAAAACAGUGGAGGAGACCCUGGUGCGGUUGGUGAACGGGUCGGGUCCUCACGAAGGCCGCGUGGAGGUUUUCCACGAACGUCGCUGGGGCACGGUGUGUGACGACGUCUGGGAUAAAAAGGAUGGAGAUGUGGUGUGUAGGAUGCUGGGAUACAGAGGAGCCGCAGAGGUCCAUAAGACCGGACGCUUCGGACAGGGUACUGGUCUGAUCUGGAUGGAUGACGUCGCAUGUGCAGGGACUGAGGACACCAUCCACCAGUGUAACUUCUCUGGCUGGGGCAAAACCAACUGCGGCCACGUGGAGGACGCUGGUGUGACCUGCGCCGUCUAAGACCUUCGCGAUCCUGGUCCUGCUGCAGCGGCAGAAUAUCUCCUCAAACGGUGCCUUGAACUUUUCAGAAGCUACAAAGUGCGCAACAUCCUACCAGCUUUUUUAGAAGUUCACGUCUAAACAUGUGACUGUUUUAGCCACGAGACUGAAUCAUGGGGCUGAUGAAAGUGCACACAUUUUUUAAGACUUUGAGUUGAUACGCAGACGGAUGAUCGCACGACAGGACUCUUCAUCAGGACUGUAUUACAGAGCUCCCCUGUCUUCAAUGAAGGACCAGAGGUCAGCUUUUAUAGGAGUAGAGAGAAGUUGCCCUCAGAGGUUUGUCUGGGGUCAGUUUGCUGUUUUGACCUCCAGGGUGGAGUCAAACUGAUCCAACAACUCCAUCAUCCGAGAGCCUUCAAUUGUCAGCUGUUGUCUCCAAGAUGCUGCGGAGCUGAAACGGCACAUAACUAAACUGACGUGACUGUUUUAUUGAUGAACUGAUUUUUCAUUUACAGGCAGCUUUUCUUCUCAGUAUUAUGUAGGAAUGGCUUUUGCUAAGCAUACCACAGUGUUGCCUUAUCAUAUCUAUCAUAUAGCGUCAUUUGGACAUUUGCAGCCUUGACAUCUGAGUUGAAACUGGGGCUUAAAUUUCAUCUUAAACUUAAAAACUGGGCGUCGCUUCUGGUGAUGAAACUGUAGAGGAUUAACCCCCAGAAUCCAGCUCCCCUCAGCUUUACAGUGAGUUUCAACUCAUUGUUUAGCUGUUUGUUGUUUGUCUUUACUGUUUGGGUUCACUCUUCCCGCUCUCAUAGUGUCAUUUUUGGUCACAGCAGGCAGCUGUUUUCACUGAAAACGCCCCGAAAAAAUAACUCCCUGUACACUCCCUGAUCAGCAGCAAACAGCAGACAGACACAGUCAGAGACCAGCUGGUGAACAUAGUGGAGCAUUCAGCAGCUAAGGAGCCAGAUAUUUUCUUCAGGAGUCGGUAGAGACAAAAAACAGAACUAAAAGCAUCAGGUAGAGAGAAACACGAGUCCAAAUAUAUGGUCAUUUUCCUCUGUAACUGCUGGAUGUGUAAAUAUGCAACUAACAAGUUCAUCAUCUGGUCUCAAGUUGCCAAAAAAUAAGUUCAUGCAAGUUUAACAUUUUACAUUCAGUGUUCCCCACCAAAAGGCAUUAUGCGUUUAUUCCCUGCAGGUCUAACAAACAGGUCCAAUGCUUCUUCACUGCUUUUGUUGUAUUGCUACAUUUCUUAGCACAUGCUGCAAAUUAGGAGCAAGACUGUGUAUUACGCCUCCUACAUGCUUGAGCGUGUGCAUGAUACAAACAAAACAGGGACCCGCUCAUAAAAAGCUUGCUUCAGAGCACUACUAGAGGUCAAAAACUCUACAAGUGAACGUGAUAGUUUAUUUUCAAGCUCUACUAAAACUUGUCUUUACAUUUAAUACACAAAAAAAGUGUUAGAAUCAUUGCCCAAAUCUGCAGAUCUAUUUUAUCUCAUUGUUUCAGCCUAAUUUCCAGCAGCAGGCAGCUGUUUUUGUCACCUGCUCAGCAAACAAACAGAGGACAAAGUUGGGAACUAGCUUGUGAAUGAAGUUCAACAUCCUGCAGCUAAAGAGCCAAAUAUUUGGAGUUGAGAGUUGCAAAAGUGCAAACAGGUAAAAGGAGACAGAAUUUUUGGAUUUAUAUUCAUCGGGUGGGCAGUAACAUGACUUUAAAUGAAUGCUUAUGUUGGUUUGAUGCCUGAACGGCUUUAAACUUGAACAACUUCAUAAGCCAAUAAUACAGGAGAUGUUAGGGCUGUAUGUUUCAGGUUGUUUUUCUGCUCCUGACCUGGACAUCUCUUCUUCUUUUAACCUGCAAAUCACCAAAUCAGUGCUUACUGUGUGCUUUAUAUUUAUACAAGGAAAAAAAAAACCUGCAACUAACAGAUUUUGGAAAUGGUUAACAGGCACUACAGUUGACAGAUGAAGCAAUUAUGAAGAAGAGAGAACAGAUGAGUAUAAACAGAUGGAUGCAUGGAUGCCUGCCCUGUACAAUUUAUAACGGUGGGUCUGUCAGUGUUUACUGCCAAAACUUGGGUUGUUUCAGCAUUAAUGCACAUGCGUAAGCAGACACACACACGCACACGCCAAACCAACCAUAACAUAGAGGCUUUUUCUUCUGAGUUUUAUUCCUCUCUCAGGGGGGUUUAAUCUUUAUAGCUGCUCUGAAAUCCAAAAAGGCUGGUACCUCCCAAGCGUCCUGGCUCACUUCUCAACCGAGCUUAGAGAAUACACCAAGCUUGGAAUAAAAUAUAUGUAGGAACCUGUCUCUUUACCCAGUCAUGUUUUAUAUUGGAAGAGGGGAGGGAAAACAUUUUUAGUGCACCUUAAAAUUUGGCAAACUCACGCAGCCUAAAACUUCUCCCCCAAGGGCUGUAGUUGAAUUCUCUCUGCUCCUAUAAUCUGGAGUGAAAUCCGUCUCUGUAAGCUGUCCUACUUUAAACAAAUCAAAAAGUGUCUGGCCCGCUUACUUUUCAUGAAAGUGAAUCUGCAAAGAUGAUGAUGAUUGAAUUUUCAUGUCCAAGUGAGAGGAGAAAAGAAUGUUUUGGAUAUAAAUUUGACUUUUCAUGGCACCGCAGCCAGAAAUGACUUUUUUUUUUCUACCUCAUGUUAAAGUGCCUUGGUGUUGGUCUACGUUUCUUUUUAAACCAACACUCUGCCACAGAAGAAGACAAAUUAAUGAAGUGAAAUGAGAAAGGGGAAUCUGGGUAAAGGGAAAAUGAGGUGAGAAACCAGACUCAAUAGACUCAAAAGAAGUUAUAGCAACACAAAAGGGGAUUGUGGGUAACAUGUUUUCCUUGUGUAUUUUUCUUCAAAAGUUGAUUGGAUAACUCACUCAACUGCUUGAGCUAAACAAAAAAAAAUGGUCAUGUGAUGAAGUUACUUCUGGUUCAGAAAACUGUGAUCAUUUUGCAUGUCUGCAUUACUACAUACUGUUCAAGCACAGCUGAUACAUUACAAUCAUUAGACCCAAUAAUGAACAGCAUUGACAACUCUUUGGAACACACCAGGAAGCUUGUUAGUUAUUGUUUUCAUCUUCACUCGCUCAUCCUUUAUGCUGAAGAUUUUUCACUUUGUUCACAAGGUUUUGGAACCUGUUUUAUAAAAGCAAUAAUACUUUUAAAUGUUUCUCACUGUGACUUCUGGGAUUUAAUGACACCAACACUAUAUAGUAUGUGGCUGCUGGAAAGAUCCCAGUUGAUUGUUGCAUAUUUUUAUAGUACUCAUUAGAUCUGGACGUAUUAAUCAAUGAAUCUAUGAGUCAAUAGGCUGAAAAUUAAUUGGCAAGAAAGAUGAUAAUGGAGUAAUUGCUCAAGUCAUUUUCACGCAAAAAAAACCUCAGCUUCUCAAAUGUGAAGAUUUCCUGCUUUUAUUUGUCUUAUAUUGUAAUCUGAACAUACUUGGAUUUUGGACGAUUGGUCAGACAAAAUCAGAAGACAGAAGAUGUCAACUUGUGCUCGGGAAAAUUAUGCUGGACAUGUUUCACUAUUUUUGCAUAUUUUGUAGACCAAACCAUUUAGAUAUUAAAUGAGAAAACAACUGGCGGAUAAAUUGAUUACAAAAUAAUCAUUAGUUGCAGCUCUAAUAUAAUUGUAUAUACUCACUGCAUGUCCUAAUAUAUUUAAAUGGACACUAGGUCAGACUUUAAUUCAUUCAUUUUAGACUUUAAUCCCACUAUGCAAUUACCGGUCAUGAUGCCCGCCAGUGAUUCAUUGAUCCACCAGCAGAGGGCACUGCUCUGGUGGAGUCAUCACAUGAGAAGAGGUACUGAUGUCCACAAGUGCACUGAGACCUUUUUCUAGGUGAACUCAAGGUCCUCUGGGAGUUCCGGGUCAUCCCAUUCUCCCAGUUUGUCCCACAGGUGUUGCACUAUCAAUGUCGCCCUUGUAUAGGAAACCAUGUAUUCUAAAAUCUCAUAGUUACUUGCGAGGUAGUGGUAGAUAGUUGUGCACGUGGUGAUAAGACUAAGCAUCACUCGUACAAGCUGAUUGUAAAGUGAAUGCUGUCUCAUCUCAAAGCCUCCUUCAGCCGACAGCAUGAAGCUGGUCAACAAGGGUCUUGGAUCCUGGUGCGCUCCAUUUCCCUUUGCCCAGUGUAUUGUGUCCAUGUACAUCAGUUGCUUUACUUGGCUAUAAAGGUCACCUGGAGGAGGAAGCGUAGAGGACUUGUAAUGUUCAUCAAAGCCUGGUUUUGAUGACGGCAGGACUGAGUCUGACUGGCCGAUAGGUGCGAUGAGAUGAAGGUUGUCUGUACGUAUGAGCAAUAUAGCCCACAAGCUUCCUCUAUCAGCUGUGGAGGCAGGCCUCGGAGAUGGCGAUACCUUUGUUGUCAGGCUUUGAUGGGAUAUGACUGUUCUGUUAAUAAUAGUUACCCGCUAUGAAAGCUUGUCCACGGGCAAUCAGCAUCCCCUGAGCAGCUUAGUCUAGCAAAACAGGCUGCCGUGACCCGUCAUCAAUGACUGCGAAGGCCACCGUCUCAUGCUGUCCAUUCCCAAGAAGCGCCAUCACCGUGACCUUCACUCAGACAGUCUCAGCUGCUGAAGGCUUGCUGAGGAAAAGCACCUCACUUAACAGUCCUUCCAAAACAGGAGCUGGUGAAGGUGUCUUUUUUUUCCUGCCAGUUUUUCCUGCCCUUUCUGAAGCUCAUCCAUCGACAUCAUGCAUCUACCUUUCAAAGUUGCAUCCAACUGAACAACAGUUCCUGCCGCACCGCCAACAGCUCACGGAGUCCUUAAUCCAAUGGUGCUUCCGCUGCUUAGUGAGAUGCCUCAAGUUACUGCAGCUGUUGAAAGUAUUGUUGGUGUGUUCUCAGUACUGGUCUGCAGGGGGGUUUAAAGCAGCCUCUGCUGGCCUGGACUUCUGCCCUCAUCUCACAGCUAAAUGUGUUUUGACUGAUGUUCCUUCCAGGCUGAGUGGUAGGCUGUCAGAUAAUAGCAGGAUAAAACAGUUGUGAUGUGAUUUCCUGAUUGGUUAGAGGUUCCUCUGCACCAAAUCACUGCUUCGAGCUCAUGGGGUCAAAUAACUCGAAUGCUUUGACUUUGAAAUGUAAAGCACCCUAAUGCCAUACCUUCGAAAGCGAGAACACAUCGCUAAACCAAGUGCACUUAACCACUUAAAUGUGUGUUUUUCCAGGAAAGAUUUAAUGUAUACUUGGUUGUACUAAGACUUUUCUGUAUGCAACUUCGACAUAAUGGCUCCAGGCACUUCUGCAUAUACAUGUGUCUGUUUUUUGUUUUUUUUACAUUGUGCUGGUCAUAACACAUAUAAGGGCUAUGGAGUUAACGACAUACAUACAAAAGUAAAUGGCUAAAACAAACAUGAUUAUGUCAAGAAAAUAUAUUUGCUUAAAAAAAACACAACUUUUUACUUUAUGUUCUGUUGAUUUUUGUACCACUAAAAUGCUGUAUAUGCACUGCUGAAAUAAUAAAAUGUAGAUUUGUUUAAA